GGUCACCGCCCCAACCAACCCAGCCGCCUGAUAAUCCUAUCUGAUUCCAUCGCAUCGUCGUCGCCGCCGCUCAUCGACUUGGAAUCUUGGCCAUCGAAACAGUUUAGCUUCAAUUCCUUCACAUCCUUGUUUUAGGUACACCGACAACGCGAUACUUUCAGGCGCUGUUCUAGUUGGAGGAAACGGAUCGAGUUUUCCCGCCAUCCAUCGAUAGUCAGUCACUAUGAGGCUCUCAAGAGCCUUAGUCGUCCUCGCAGCGACCAGCGCCAACGCCCUCAAUGUCUUCCGCGGCGACGGUCAGAGCGUGAUUGCGGGAGACGAACUCGACGUCCCCGGCCAAAACCCACUCAAAUUCUGCGAGGCCGACCGCAAGGAUGACAUCAUCACCAUCGAGAAUGUUGUCUUGACACCAAAUCCGCCUGAAGCAGGCGUUACCUUGGUCAUCGAGGCGACAGGCACGGUAAAGGAGACGAUAGUCGACGGAGCAUACGUGAAUCUGCAGGUCAAGUAUGGCUACAUCCGCCUGAUCAACACGCAGGCCGAUCUGUGCAAGGAGAUCAAGAAUGUCGACCUCGACUGCCCCAUUGAGAAAGGCAAAAUUUCAGUCAUCAAGUCGAUCGACCUGCCCAAGGAAAUCCCACCGGGCAAAUACACGGUUGAGGCGGAUGUUUUCAGCAAGGACGAUGAGCAUAUCACCUGCCUGACUGCUACUGUCGUCUUUGGCCGGAAGGCUUUGGGCGGAAUGCUCGAUCUGUAACUCAGCAGCAGGGAUUUUGUAGGGGAAACGAUGUUAAGAUAGUACCUAAUCCGCAUCACGAGGGCAUUCUGAGGACCGGGGAUCGCGCCAUGGGUGAGAGAGGAGUUCUGCUGCUUUAUUCUGUGCUACAAUCGUCCUUGGGUAUAGCAUAUUGACCGCACAAGGGGUCAUUGGGCUUGUUCUAAUGGAAUAAACGACGUUGAGUUUCAACGACUGCCCAUAUCUGGCUGGCUACGUGGGAUGAAGACUGCAAUAUAACCCGUGCAUAUCCUUCUUACUCGCCAAACAACCGGCGGACCCUCCGCAAAACGCUGUCUUUCUCUGGGUC